GAAAUUCAAAGAAACCUGCGGAAAGCGAGAGAGAGAGAGAGAGAAAAAUCUCAAUCUCCGAGAAGUGACUAAGUGGCCACUCGGCCAUGCCGAUCGACAAGUGGCUUUCAAUGCCGGCGACUCGUACUACCGUUGCAUCCAACUGCUUCUUCUUCGUCUUCUUCGUCUUCAUCUUCUUCGCAGUUCCACUCCGAUCUUCCAUUUCCCCCAAUUUCUCUUCCUCCGAUCAAUCCAGGCCUUGUUUCACUGCAAUGGGAGCAACUUAUAAAAAAAUCUGGAAACUUUUGUGUGAAAAAGUUGGGGUUCAUUACCGUUCUCCUCCUUCGUACAGAAACAAAGACACUGAAAGUUUCAAAAAUGGUGGAAAAAGAUCUUUUUUUAGAGCAUUUGAUGCAGACUUCUUCAGUAACACUGAGAUGGAUGAGGUUUUAAAGGGGGCUGAAGAAUUUAAUUUGCCUGUAAUUCGAGCCAAUCGGAAGCUAGUUGCUUCUGAAAAUGGAGGUCUGCAUAAUCCUUCUCCUUUAGUGUUCAGUUCCAACUGGGCGAACGAAAGAUUUCAACAUAAGAGUAGAAGAUUUUGCUAUCCUCCUGUUUCUGGAGUAAAGAGACCAAAAAAUGAAGAAGAUAUUGCCUUCAUGAACGUUCUUGAACUUGGAGAACUGAUCAAAACGAAGCAGAUUACAUCCCAGGAGCUCGUUGGAAUAUUUCUGCAGAGAUUGAAAAGGUAUGACUAUGUUCUUCAAGCAGUAGUUUCCUUUACUGAAGAUUUGGCUUAUAAACAAGCCAAAGAGGCUGAUGAAUUGUUCGCUCAAGGAGUGUAUUUAGGUCCACUACAUGGAAUUCCAUAUGGGUUGAAGGAUAUAAUUUCUGUUCCAGGAUAUAAAACAACUUGGGGUUCAAAAAGUUUUAAAGAACAAGUAAUUGAUGUUGAAGCUUGGGUUUACCAGCAGUUGAAGUCAGCAGGUGCUGUUCUUGUCGCUAAGCUUGUUACGGGAUCACUUGCAUAUGAUGACAUCUGGUUUGGUGGGAGGACAAGGAACCCGUGGAAUAUCGAGGAGUUCACAACAGGGUCAUCAGCUGGACCUGCAGCAUGUACUUCUGCAGGUCUGGUUCCAUUUGCUAUUGGAUCAGAGACAGCUGGUUCGAUGACUUAUCCUGCAUCUCGUUGUGGAGUGACUGCACUGCGGCCAACAUUUGGGACUGUUGGUCGCAGUGGAGUGAUGAGUAUAUCCGAAAGCUUGGACAAGCUUGGUCCAUUUUGUAGAAAUGCUAUUGAUUGUGCAGUCAUUUUGGAUGUCAUUAGAGGAAAGGAUCCACAUGACCUCUCAUCAGUUGAGAGUUCUCUUGAUGAUCCAUUCUCCAUCGACAUUUCAAAACUUACUGUUGGAUAUCUCGAUGAUGCUGAUAUGGAGGUCGUUCGGGUUCUUUCAUCAAAGGGCGCAAAUAUGGUUCCAUUCAACUUAACUUAUUCCCUCGACUCUGUUCAAGGCAUCCUUAACUUCACUAUGGAUAUUGAUAUGUUGGCUCAUUUUGACGAGUGGCAACGAUCGCGGCUUGAUCAUGAAUAUGAAGCUCAAGACCAAUGGCCAACAGAACUGCGACGAGCACGUUUAAUUCCCGCAGUAGAUUAUGUGCAGGCACAGAGAGCAAGGGGAAAGCUAAUAAGGGAAGUUAAAGAAAGUUUCAAUGUGGAUGCUUUGAUUGGCAAUGCCACCGACUGGGAGAGGGUCUGUAUGGGAAAUCUUGUUGGUCUGCCUGUCAUGGUUGUUCCAACAGGUUUCAAAAACAUCUCAAACCCACCUGCCACGGGCACCACAAGAAGAAGAACCGCCAUUACUACUGGAAUCUAUGCUCCUCCUCACAAGGAUCACAUCGCGUUGGCUUUGGCCAUGGCGUACCAGUCUGCAACAGAUCACCACAGAGCAAGGCCACCCAUUGAUGACUUGGGACCUCAUGAUGCUAUUCCAGAACCACCUUUGGUUCCGAUUCCUCCAAGAUUGUUGCACCUUUGAGCGUGAAUCUGCACUUUAAUCCAUGGUCUUUAAUAGUCAACUCAACACCGCCAUUGAAAUGGUAGAUCAUAUGACUCGUCCCAAUCUGCACCUUAUGUCUUACAUUUUGGAGACUUCCUUUUUCUUUUUGUAUGUUCAUAUGACACGGAA